AUGGGAAUACUUGGAGCAUUUGUUUCCUGCGGUUGUUUGAGGGGCACAAGGGCCGCCGUAGAGCCAGCCAAACGGCACGCUGUGAGUGUUGAAGCUUGUGGAAGAAAGGUCCUUAAAAAGCCACCGACAGAGAAUGCCACCAAAAUUGAGCAAAACCUAAACACAUGUGAAACUGGGCAGCUGGCAACUCAAUCAGUGCCUCGAGAGCCCACAACCAAUCCUCGGCUUAAAACCGAAGAGGAACGAGCAAAUUCCACAACCAAUCCUCGGCUUAAAACCGAAGAGGAACGAGCAAAUUUAGCACCUGAGUUGGCUGCAACAAGUACGGGAGAAACUCAAGAGAACGGAGUACCUAAACUGCAAGUAGUCGUCACCCACCAUCAUAAUGCAGCAGAAGAAAUGCCUACUGAAGCUCCGCUUUCCUCACCGCAGCAAGUCUCCACAGGCACCCCCACAGCUUUGGAGGAAAAGUUCAAAGGUGCCUACACGGGUGGUGGCAGGACCUCUCGAGACACACCACCGGACCACGAAAGUAGAGCUUCGUCCUCUUUAGUUUCUAUGACAUGCUUGACGUCCACAAGCGGCGGGGACGAAGACAGUCGGAUUGUUGUUUCGUCUCUGCCAGCUCCCCAAAGCUUGGGAAGCGACACAGAAAACGCUGAGCAAGAGUCAGGGGCCAAAACGGAACAGGAAGAAAGUUCGAACUGCUCUCCUACUGGUAGCGCUGCGGUCGAGGGAGAGAAGGCAGAGACAGUCCCUAAUGAAGGCGGAAAUGUCGGCUGUGCAAACUCAUCAGCUGAAGCCAGCAAAGAAACAGACACAAAAGCUGACAAUGAGACUGUGGAAUUGUUGGGGAAGAAAUCCAUCGAAAAUAAAACUUUUGACGACUUAAAACAACCACAAGAUGCUAGAGAGGAACUAGAAGGGCAAGCUCGCGAUGAAAUGCAUUCUGGGGAUGGGAAUGACCAGCCCCAGUGCGAACGAGAAGCGGCGCCCGCUGAGAGCAAGUAUACAGUGUCAUCAGCUGUAGCGGAAGAUGCUACUUCCGACAGUAAUGUGAAUGAUAGGAAUUCAGGCAGCGGGGACCAGGGGGAGGACACACUGGCUUCUGAAAGCAUAGAGAAAGGAAAGCCACGCACGCUCUCUUCACGGAAGUUUAAGAAGAAGAAAACGAGCAAGGCAAGGGGAAAGAGACGCCAUGGGAAGACAGGCAGGCGUUAG